UAAACAUCAUGGCUGCCAAUGCAUGUCCUGUAACGCCGGAGCGGGUUCGAAAAAUUCUUUCAUCGUUUUUGAGCGAUGGAACGAAAAAAGGAAACGACAAUGAAAGCAGGUCAGAAACUACGGCUACUGCAUCUGGAACAAUACCAAAGCCCAACAAGGAAAAUAAGGUCACAGAGAAGAAGCAAGAUAGUAGUCCUAAUUUGAGAAGCAGGGAUGCCUUCUUUGCCAGAGUAGCCACAUUUUCUCCUCUGACCUGGUUUGCUAAACCAGGAGAGUUGUCCCCCUUGGUAUGUGCUCAGUAUGGCUGGGAGAACACGGAGAUGGACAUGCUGCGAUGUGUCAGCUGUAAGUCCUUCCUGUGUGGGAAGCUGCCUGACAACACCGACCAGGUUGCAUAUAAGGAAGCCUGGGUGAAGCUGAAGAAGUCUGUCUGUGCCAGUCAUGAGAAGAUCUGUUCCUGGUCAACCAACCCUGCUCCAGACUGGUACAUGCAUGUUCCCCACUUUGACCCGGAGGAGGUGAGGCGUGACUUCCAGACCCGGUACAAGGGGCUGAAGGAGGCCAGGGAAACAUUACCAGACAUCAACUACGACAGUCUGGCCAAGUUUGGUUUUGACACAUAUCACUGUGGGCGACUGACCUUCUCCUUGGAUAAGUCGAGUGAAGAGGGGACGAAGGUGGCCGCAGCGCUCGCAGUCACUGGCUGGGCCAUUAGUAAUAACGAUACCCUGGUGUGUGAGUAUUGUCAAAGGCAUGCAGGGCUGUGGAAUUUCAAGGUGAAGAUCAACAAUGGCACUGACCAAAAUGGAGACUCCGAUCCUCCCCUGAAGAAACAGAAAUUGGAAAAGAAAGACAGUUUUGAUCCCUCUGAUGAACAUCGCACAUUCUGCCCGUGGAUCACCUUGCAUGAACAGGACGACAAUUCUCAAUCCUUAGCAGGCAACACCACUUCACAGACGAGCCCAAGUCUGUUUCGAAACAACUCACAGCCUAACACUAAGCAGAGUCCCGGGCCAAAGUCACAGAAUACACAUAGUCCGGGGCUCAACUCUUCUCAGUGUUCUGACACAAGUGAUGAUAGCUGUGUAUCCCCAGGCCCCCCGCAGAGGAAGGAGGGUAUGAAAAUCCCAGGAUGGGUUCAGAAUCUCAACAUCAUUGCUCCUUGCCUCCUGUCCAAUGAUAGAGAAAGCUUGUCCAAAACAAUCAGAAAGAGUCCUAUGGUGGUCGGGCUACGCUCAAUUCGCAGGCUGUUCAAAGACUGGGCUACACCAGAGACGAAACAGGCAUCUUGAACUUUAACAUCCAUCAUUUGUGUACAGUUGUCUGGACUGUCUGAAUUAUCCAGUGUAUUUAAUCUUAAUUCUUUUGUGGCAAAUACCCUGGACCUACUCAUCACCAAAGCUUCAUUUAGGAAGAGAUGUCACCAUCUUAAUCCCUCACUAACUUGGGCCAGGGCCCUGUUCCACAAAGAGAUCUUAGCGCUAAGACUGCCGUAAGUCAAUGUUAAAGUAUGGCAGUUACGAUCGUCUUGGAGCUACGAUCGCUUUGUGGAACGGGACCCUGGACUUCUCUCAAUCAUGAGCUUGAUUUAACCGACCAAUCAAAUAGCUUCUACUAAACACCUGUUUGGUUAGUUCUACAUGCAAACUCUCAGAGGAAUCCCUUGAGAUUUAAUCAAGUAAAACAAACUAUUGUCUGGAAAAGAUGUUUUCCUGGUUGCUGAAACAGGCGAGGACCCAUGGCAGUGAUGGGCCCAGGGUAUUUAUCCUGGAGAUUUAAUACACUGGAUUAUUGAGGAUGAUACAGGGAGGGUUUCAGUAUUGCAUGUUAACCAGCUUCCAGAGGCAAGGGAGUUAACUGACUCAAGUUUCACCCUUCAGAAUUUUGAUUGCACAAUGCAUUGACUCGUUAGUCCAGCCAAAUAUAACUCCAUAAUUCCAGCCUAGUUCGACAAGGUCACUUAACUGGAAGAUGCAUGUUGACAUACACAUUGAGAUACACGUCAGAAUCUGAUAGUUCAUGAUUUUCUGUAACAGAAUGAUUGAGAGGUACAACAGGUACAGUAUGGUGGAUUCCUCAGGAGCAUCAUCUGUAUCACAUACAAUCCUUGUAAGUUGAUGAGUAACAUCAGCACCUGGAGCCAAGUCGGUACAUCCCUUGUUGAUGAAGUGCCCUCUCUUUUGAGUCAGUCAUUCAAAUAUCAUAACUACAGAUUGCAGAAACCCUUUCUGGUCUGUUUUGUUUGUUCUCCCCAAACUUGGCAAUAUUUGACGGCAGUCUGGACCAAACAAUCCAGAGUUUGACAUGAGCAUCGAUCUACGCAACUGGGAUACAAUGACAUGCAUCAACAAGCCUGACCAACCGAUCCCCUUAGUCACCUCUUACGACAAGCAUGGGUUGCUGAAGAUCAAGUCUGACCCAGAUCUUCGGACUUCAAGUUUUGGGCACAGUCUGGAUUUGUCUGGUUCCGACUUGAUUAUUAAUAGGCCACCAUUAUAUAACUGGACUAUUUCUGAGUGCAGUGUUAUGCAACUAACAAACAACAAAAUCUUUGAUUAACCUUGUGUGAUGUUAUAUCCAGGGGAUCUGUUGCUGGGAUUUUGGGUGUGGGAUAAACAUGUUUUCCCCGUGUUUGAGACAGUGAGAGCCAAUGUAUUGGCUCUGAUUUUGUAAAUAUGUCAACAUUGUUUUUUGUUUCAAUAAUGUGUUCAAAGUAUUUUUGCUUCAACUGUUUACGCUGAUGAGUCAAGAUUCUGUUGUAUUUUUUGUUGUUGUGUACAUACUUCAGAUUGUUUUAAAAAAAAUCUACAAUAAUCAUUAUCAUAAUGAUAUGCAUGAACUAUCUGAGACAUAAUGUCUGACAACAGUGCAAUAGCUGUUUACACUUUAGACUAUUAUCACAGUUGUACUGCUUAUGAAAUACCGGUAUAAUAUAGAGAAAGCUCUCUUUUUGGUAAAAGUAUUUUUCAUUAGCAAACGUAAAUGUUAUUAUUCAUUCUUCAACAUUGUGUUUUUUCUUCAUCCCAUCUGAUGUGAAUCUGGGCACACUAUGAAGUCCAUUCUUGGAGACCCGUCAUUAAGAUGGCUGCAAUAGCAGAGGAGCUCAAGUGACAUCUCAGAGCAGUACAGUAAACUACCGUUAUAACGAACUAGAGGGGACCACUAAUUUUAGUUCGUAAUAGCCGUAGUUCGUUAUAAGCACAUACCGCAUAUAUACAACAAAUAGUCGGGGCUAAAAAAUAAGUUUGUUAAUUCAGUCAGUUCGUUAAAACUUUGCAGGAACAUUUUCUGUACAAUUGUACACAUGUUAGGACCUCUAUUCAAGCUAUUAGACCCAGGUGUAUGCUUGGUAUAACACUGAACACUGCAAAAACCUGCCAUGGUCACAUGGUACUGCCUUAGUGCCUCCCUGGCAGUAUCAACUUGAGGGAUAUUUGUAAUUUAGACAAGAUAUGAAAUAUUUGACUUUA